UACGAUUACGUUUUUCGUUCUUUCAGGAACCAAUCUAUAUCCCCCAUCAACCAGCUUUUGACCACCCUAAGAUUCUAUGCAACCAACAACACACAAUUAGCCACUGGUGAUUUCAGUGGAUUUAGUGUAUCAACAGCACAUAGAAUACACCGAGUUAGUGCAGCUAUAGCAUCGUUACAUCAAGAAUAUGUAAAAUUUCCUACUAAGAAGCAGGAAAUACAGCAAGAACAAAGUAACUUUUAUCAAAUAGCUAAGUUUCCUAGAGCAAUAGGAGCAAUGGAUUGCACCCAUGUUAGGAUAACAUCUCCAGGUGGAGAUCAGGCUGAAAUUUUCAGAAAUAGAAAGGGAUAUUUUUGUAUUAACGUCCAGACUAUUUGCAAUGCAAAUAUGGAGAUUACUGAUAUUGUUGCAAGAUGGCCAAGGUCAUGUCACGACAGCACUAUUUUUAAUAAUUGCUAUCGAAAAGCCAUCUUUUAUGUUAGACAUAAUGGUGAUGCGUUAUUACUUGUUGAUUAUGGAUAUGCUUCCACAUCCUAUACAAUGCCUCCACUAGAAAAUCCAAAGACUCCAUUAGAACAUCUAUACAAUGAGUCACAAAUUAGAUCAAGGAAUCCUAUUGAAAGGUCUUAUGGAAUUUGGAAACGGAGAUACACGUCGGAACUAUUUUGAUGAUUACGAUGACAUCGAUAUAAGCACAAGGUUUCGAUUGUCAAAAGAAUCUGUUUUGACUAUUUUAGAAAUCAGAGGGCCUACCAUCAUCUUUUAUCGA